AAACACUGCACUGCCUCCCCUGCCACAUAGAAACGAGCUCUCCUGAGCACCACUAGAGCAAACGUUCUCUGCACAGCACAGAGCAGAGGAAGAAGCAUCAACGACGAUGGCUUCCGCCGCGCUGCCGGAGGCCGUUGAGCCCAAGAAGAAGGGCAGCGUCAGGUUCGCCUUCGCCUGCGCCAUCCUCGCCUCCAUGACCUCCAUCCUCCUCGGCUAUGAUAUCGGAGUGAUGAGCGGGGCGUCGCUGUACAUCAAGAAGGACCUCAGAAUCUCCGACGUGAAGCUGGAGAUCCUCAUGGGCAUCCUGAACGUCUACUCGCUCGUCGGCUCCUUCGCAGCGGGGCGGACGUCCGACUGGAUCGGUCGCCGGUACACCAUCGUCUUCGCGGCGGUGAUCUUCUUCGUGGGUGCCUUCCUCAUGGGCUUCGCGGUCAACUACGGGAUGCUCAUGUUCGGCCGCUUCGUGGCCGGCAUCGGCGUGGGCUACGCGCUCAUGAUCGCGCCGGUGUACACGGCCGAGGUGUCCCCCGCGUCGGCCCGUGGCUUCCUGACGUCCUUCCCGGAGGUGUUCAUCAACUUCGGCAUACUCCUCGGCUACGUGUCGAACUUUGCGUUCGCUCGCCUCCCGCUCCACCUCGGCUGGCGCGUCAUGCUCGGCAUAGGCGCGGCGCCGUCCGUCCUGCUCGCCCUCAUGGUGCUCGGCAUGCCGGAGUCGCCCCGGUGGCUCGUCAUGAAGGGCCGUCUCGGAGACGCCAAGGUCGUGCUGGAUAAGACCUCCGACACGCCCGAGGAAGCGGCAGAGCGGCUUGCUGACAUCAAGGCUGCCGCUGGCAUCCCGGCGGAGCUCGACGGCGACGUGGUCGCCGUGCCCAAGCAACAGAACAGCGAGGAGGCGCGGGUAUGGAAGGAGCUCAUCCUGUCCCCCACCCCGGCCAUGCGGCGCAUCCUUCUCUCGGGAAUUGGCAUCCACUUCUUCCAGCAGGCGUCCGGCAUCGACGCCGUCGUGCUCUACAGCCCACGCGUGUUCAAGAGCGCGGGCAUCAUCGACGAUAACAAACUCCUGGGCACCACCUGCGCCGUGGGGGUCACCAAGACGCUCUUCAUCCUUGUGGCCACGUUCCUUCUCGACAAAAUCGGCCGGCGGCCGCUGCUUCUGAGCAGCGUGGGCGGCAUGAUCUUCUCCCUCGUCUGCCUCGCGGCGGGGCUCACCGUGAUCGGCCACCACCCGGACGCCAAGAUCCCAUGGGCCAUUGGCCUGGCCAUCGCGUCCACCAUGGCCUACGUCGCCUUCUUCUCCAUCGGACUCGGCCCCAUCACGUGGGUGUACAGCUCCGAAAUCUUCCCGCUACACGUGCGUGCGCUCGGCUGCGCGCUCGGCGUGGCCACCAACCGCGUGACAAGCGGCGUGGUCUCCAUGACCUUCAUCUCGCUGUCCAAUGCCAUCACCAUCGGCGGCGCUUUCUUCCUCUACGGAGGCCUCGCCGUGCUCGCGUGGGUGUUCUUCUUCACAUUCCUCCCGGAGACCCGCGGCCGGACGCUGGAGGGGAUGAGCAAGCUGUUCGGGGCCACCGACGAGGACGACCUGAAGAAACCCGAAGACACCACGAAAGAGAAGAAGCUGGAGAUGGUGGCCGCCACUAACUAACUAACUGAAAUUACCAGAUCUUGACGGGGGUUUCGUGCGAAAAGCUUGUGCAGCAGUUGGGUAGCUAGGCAACUAGUUGCCAUUGUUGACAUAUGAGCUAGCUGAAGCAACGUGGGGAGAUUCGCUCGCUGCUCCGGCGCCGGUGGAGCGACGGCAAGCUCCAGCUCGAGGCUUUGAAAGCUUCUUAAAUCUUUUUAAUUGCAUGUGCAUGGAUUGUGUUCUGCGCUUUGGUUUGUCCGUAAUGUUGUGAGCUAGUUAUUGAAGUGGCCAAGGCCAAUGGCAGGUCGCCUACGCGCUACGCCGCCGUGUGCGUAGAGGUGUCGGUCACGUUUGCCCUGUAAGCUGUAGCGGCUGUAGCCGCGCUGCAUGGGCCGUGGAGUCGAGUGCGAGGCUAGAAAAUUGUUGGUGGUUCGCGCGAGGAUUCUGCCGAGGCAGUCAAGCAAGCCACAGAAAACAAUAUCUAUCUGUCUAAAAGACUUUGUCGUU